CAACUUGAGUAGUGCUUUGUUUGGACAGAGUAGACAACAACAACAAACAACAACGCCAGACAGAUUCAGCAGCAGUAACUAACUCUAACUGGGCGCGUGUUCUUCUAGGGUUAGGGUUAGGGUUAGGGUUAGGGUUUCUUUCCCAAUUUCUCAUGGCGGGUACCGGAAUUCACCCUUACCACCAACAAUGGCCCCCCGCUGCCGCACCUCCUCCUCCUCCACCUGCCGCUAUUCCUUCUCCUUCCUCCGAAGAGGUUCGAACGAUAUUCAUAACUGGUCUUCCUGAAGAUGUAAAAGAAAGAGAACUUCAGAACCUUCUUCGUUGGUUACCUGGUUUUGAAGCUUCUCAGUUGAAUUUCAAAGCUGAAAAGCCUAUGGGCUUUGCUCUCUUCUCUUCUCCUCAUCAAGCUAUUGCUGCCAAAGACAUUCUUCAGGAUAUGCUUUUUGAUCCUGAAUCCAAAUCUGUUCUUCACACUGAGAUGGCCAAGAAAAAUCUUUUUGUCAAAAGAGGAAUAGGAGCUGAUGCGGGUGCUUUUGAUCAAAGUAAACGGUUAAGAACAGCUGGGGAUUAUAACCAUACUGGUUAUGUAACCCCAUCUCCUUUUCAUCCUCCACCACCGCCUGUUUGGGGUCCACAUGGGUAUAUGGCCCCAGCACCUCCUCCUCCGUAUGAUCCAUAUGCAGGCUAUCCUGUUGCACCAGUACCGAUGCCUGCUCCUGUGUCUAUAGCACCUAGCAGUUAUGUUCCAAUUCAGAACACUAAAGAUAAUCCUCCUUGCAAUACCCUGUUUAUUGGGAACUUGGGAGAGAACAUUAAUGAGGAUGAAGUGAGGGGCCUUUUCAGUGUACAACCUGGUUUUAAGCAAAUGAAGAUUAUAAGGCAGGAGAGGCAUACCGUUUGCUUCAUUGAGUUUGAAGAUGUGAAUAGUGCUACAAAUGUACACCACAAUCUGCAGGGUGCUGUUAUACCAAGUUCUGGUUCAAUUGGCAUGCGGAUACAAUAUUCCAAAAAUCCAUUUGGGAAAAGAAAAGAUGGCAACUUCCCUAUGGCUGUUCCUGGUGCCAAUGGAGCUCCACUUGCAAUGACUUAUCAGUAGCUUGAAGGGGAUGUACUCUGUUCUUUAUGCUCCAACCAAUAUUACUACAUAAUAGGAUGCAUCUUGCAGCUGUUACAUGCAUCCAUUGAUUAUCAAGUCAUCGCCAUUAUCAUCCCUGCUCAUGUUUAAUGAAUGCACAGUGGCAUCAUAUAUACAUACAUUUGGCUAUGUUAUAUUUAUCAGACAUGCAUUUCUUGGCAGCAUGUGUUGGUUCACAAAUUACUUUCAUAGGUGUUUAGGUGAUGCUCAUUUGUAGAAACUGUGCAUGGGUCUAAAUUUUGUUUAAAUUGUGUUUAUUGUCAUUAGACUUUCUGUAUACAUUGGUAUUAGGAAUGCUUAUCCAAGCAGGCAUUGGUAUCUGCUUGCAUUUUUAGGUUCAUGUGUUGUUUAUUUGACAUACAUCUUAUUACGAUGCUUGCUUUGUUUUCA